AUGAAGCCUGUCCUUGAGACCCCAAAUCUCUGUGCAGGAGCCCAGAUCCUCUCACCCGAGCUCACGAAGGUUCCUGGCCAGAAAGACCUGGAUCCUGUCCUGCGGGCCCGUCUCAGCCCGAGCAGUUCUUCAGCGCCUCCUCCUCACACAGGCACUGCGGCCUCUGGCUGGGACUGGGCUGGCGGCACCAUAAACCCCGACAGGGACCCGCAGGAGCGCCCCGAGAGGAGGCGGGGAGAGCGGGGCACAGGCCCAAGGGCCGCCUGCAGGGACGUGUCCAUCUACUUCUCCCGGGAGGAGUGGGCCCACUACUUCUCCGGGGAGGAGUGGGCGCAAAUGGGCGCCUGGGAGCGAGCCCGGCACCUGAACGUGAAGAGCAACUACGAGGCGCUGCUCAGCAUCCGUCUCAGGGCCCCUCGACCCGCCUUCAUGAGUCGCCGCGGCAAAACAGCCAGGCCCAGGGCUGAGGACUCCGAGGACUCGGAUGAAGAGUGGACCCCGAGGCCGCGAGCUAAACCUUCUUGGGUGGCCUUCAGAGUAGAACAGAAUAAACAUCAGAAGGCAAAGUCCAGGAAGUCAUUAAGUAAUGAGUCUACUUUGAAGGAAUUGUCAGGAACAGCAAAUUCGUUGACCACAAGUGGCUCAGAGCAGACUCAGAAACCAGUGCCCCCUCCUGGAGAAGCAAGUCCCUCUGGACAGCACCCUAGAUCGAAAUUGGACCUCAGGAGAAAGGAGAUCGAAGUGAAGAUGUAUAGCCUACGAGAGAGGAAGUGUUGUGUCUACCAAGAGGUCAGCGAGCCCCAGGACGAUGACUACCUAUAUUGUGAGAAGUGUCAGAACUUCUUCAUUGACAGCUGUGCUGUGCAUGGGCCUCCUAGGUUUGUAAAAGGCAGUGCCGUGGACAAGGGGCAUGCCAACCGCUCAGCCCUCACUCUGCCCCCUGGGUUGAGAAUCGGACCAUCAGGCAUCCCUGAGGCUGGGCUUGGAGUGUGGAAUGAGGAAUGUGAUCUGCCCGAGGGCCUGCACUUUGGCCCUUAUGAGGGUCAGAUCACAGAAGAUGAAGCCACAGCCAACAGCGGCUACUCCUGGCUGAUCACCAAAGGGAGAAACUGCUAUGAGUAUGUGGAUGGAAAGGAUACAUCUCAGGCCAACUGGAUGAGGUAUGUGAACUGCGCCCGAGAUGACCAAGAACAGAACCUGGUGGCCUUUCAAUAUCACAGGCAGAUUUUCUACCGAACCUGCCGGGUCGUGAGGACGGGCUGUGAGCUGCUGGUCUGGUAUGGAGAAGAGUAUGGCCAAAAGCUGGGCAUCAAGUGGGGCAGCAAUUGGAAGACAGAGCUUGUGGUCGGGAGAGAAUCGAACCCAGGAAUCGACCCAUGUCCCUCCUGCUCUGUGGCCUUCUCCAGUCAGACAUUCCUCAACCAACAUGUGAAACGCAAUCACCCCUCUGAGAUUCUGCCAGGAUCACCUGCAGGAAAACACCUCCAGUCAGAGGAACCUGGCCCAGAGUUUCAAAAUCAACAGCAGCAGCAACAUCCUGGUCCACAUGGCUGGAAUGACAAAGCUGAAGGUCAAGAGGGAGGAUCCAUCAUGAGCCCUAAAUUGCACCUCAGCAGCCACAGGGCAAGUGUAGGCACCUCAUACCUUAUACCCCAGCUCUGA